AUGGGGUUGACAGAAGAACAAAUAACGCAUUGCAAGAGCAUUUUCAGUCAAUUUGAUAAGGAUGGGACUGGAAGGAUAGAUAGGUUUGAGCUUCGUGUUGUAUUAGAGCGUAGUUUUUAAAUAGAGAUGGGGCAAAAGCCAAGUGAAGAAGAACUUUUUGCAAUGAUAAAUGAAGUUGACGAUAAUAAUACAGCUUAAUUAAAUUAAUAUUUUUUUUAAGAAAAUAAGCGAUUUUUAUAUAAUUUUAAUAAAAUUAAUGGCUUUUUUCAGAAUUAUACCCAUUUUUAAAAUAAUAAUACAGGUAAAAUUGAAUUUUACGAAUUUUUAAAAGUUUAUGAGCAGCAUCAAAAUGCUGAGGAUGGCAGGGAUGAACAGGACAUGAGUAAAUUUUAUAUAUAGUUGAUGCAUUUGUGGCAAUGGGAGGAAAUCCAGAUACAACUGGUUCUAUCGAUACGGAUAAAUUGAUAAAUGUCAUUCGACAACAAUUUGAAAUGACUAUAGACAUAGAAAGGCUUAUUGAAGACAUUGAUGAAGACCAAAGUCAUACAAUUGAAUACCAAGAAUUCAAAAGGUUACUCAGCUAA